UCCGCGGCGGACGUGUCUCGACUCGAAUGCUUUUUCUUUUUAUAUCUUUGUGUUGCCAAUUUAGAUUGAGUUUUGCAUAACUGUUCCGCGGUUUUGGACGACCUGUUUGUUCGUCCUGACGCGUGUCUUUACGGUGUGACGUAACGCAAGCGCCCGGUGUUCGCGCGGGCAUUGCGUAUUUAUUUUGCAUCUCCUAUAAGACCGGAAUCAGACUACGCAUUGAAGACUGAGAUCGUCUUAUUCUAAGACGUGAUUUGUAUCGACCUCCUUAUUUCGGGAGGCGGGAGUCAUUAAGAAGAAGACGACUUCCUCUGUGAAGGAUGGUGCGUGAGACCUCGCAGUCAAAUGGAUUAAGAUCUCGAAGACGAAGACCAAAAAGCGCAGGCAGCUUACGGUCCUCCGGUAAAAAAUCGCCUGAUCGGCUGACGAUGACAUCGUCAAGGCCAACGACGGCACCGGAAAUUUUGCCGUCAACAACCGUGCCCUUGACAACAUUGACCCCAACAAUUCCGACAUCGUUAGUGACAACGAUGGCGACGGCGACGUUGAUGAUGGAGGAAACGAAACCGAAAAUGAUUUCGCGUUACACGCAAUGGAAAGAUCCACGGCAAGAGGAUAUGAGCAAAAAAAUAAAACAAGAGAUACACCGCGCGAUUCAAAAGCAGAAGCAGAGAGAAAAUCGUUCCAAAUUUAGACGAAUUCCACGGCCCGCAACCACAUUGCCUGCUGCGGCACUCAACUUACACGUCACGGCAUACUUGUCGAUUCCGUCCGCGCCGGUAGGAUUCGCACCGGUUCAACAAGCGCCGGCAGGAUACACACCGGUUCAACAAGCACCGGCAGGAUACGUACCGAUAUCUUCAGCGCCAGUCCAGCAAGCGCCGGCAGGAUACGUACCGGUAUCUUCCGCGCCGGCAGGAUACGUACCGGCUCCGUUCGGGCCAACGGGAUACGUUCCGGCUCCGUCCGGACCGGCGGGAUACAUGCCGUUUUACAAAUAAUGUGGAAAGCGAUCAAUUCGUAAUGAAUGUUGAUUAUACUUUAACGAUUUAACUGCAUUCCAAAUCGAUCAUUUUAUGUCAUCUCGCAUAUAAAAAUUAAAUUCUUUAGUGCUAAAACAGAGUAAUCAGAGGGUGCAUCCAGAAGCACGACCGCUCACUGAGGGCUCAAUAAGCAAUCAACGUUUUUAAUUUUUAUAUAAAAUGAUCGAUUAAAGUAGAAUCAACAU